GUUGCCAUGGCGUCCCGGAUGGCCGGCUCCCUGCGCCUGCUCCUCUGGCUGCUGCUUCUCUGGCCCCAGCUUGGCGCGGACCCCGGGGAUGCAGUGACGCCGCCCUCCGCACGUGGUCCCCCUUCCCCUAAGUCCGAGACCCUCAUGGAAGAAGCUACCCAGAAACCAGAGGUCCUUCCCAGAGGCUGUGGCCAGCGGAGGAUAAUCGGGGGACAGCCAGCACCAGAGCGGAAGUGGCCCUGGCAGGUCAGCCUGCAGGUCCGGGGCAGACACGUGUGUGGGGGCUCUCUUAUCAGCAGCUGGUGGGUGAUGACCGCAGCCCACUGCAUAUUAGACAUUGUGGACUACACGGUGAAGCUUGGAGACACACACCUGAAGCAUGAAGCCCCAGGGGCUGUUGCAGUUCCUGUUAAAGACAUUGUUGUGCACCAGAAAUUCACCCGCAUUGGAGGACUCUACAACGACAUAGCGCUGGUGCUGCUGUCCUUCCCUGUGAAGUAUACCACGCACAUCCAGCCCGUGUGCCUCCCCACCAACGCCUUGCAGUUAGCAGCUGGUACACAGUGCUGGGUGACUGGAUGGGGCAAAACACGUGAAGACGAUAAGCCGGAAAACGAACCAACUGAACUUCAGGAGGCUGAUGUGAACAUAGUUGAAUAUCGCAGCUGUAACAAGAUCCUCAAGAAAGCGCUGAAGGCGAUCCAGAACCCGGUUGAUAAAGGAGGGCUUUGUGCUUAUGUUGACGGAAAAGAUUCCUGCCAGGGAGACUCCGGGGGCCCUCUUGUCUGUGAAUUCAACAACACAUGGGUGCAGGUGGGCAUCGUGAGCUGGGGCAUCGGCUGUGCCCGCAAAGGAAUUCCAGGAGUUUACUCAAACGUCGGGUUCUACAAGGACUGGAUUGUGAGAGUACUGAGUCGGUCUACUCGCUGGGACACAGCUGGCCUCCUCAUCUCACGCCUGUGUCUUCUGCUGCUCCUGGCAUCUUGGUGACCCUCUAGUCACCCUGCUUGGUCCUCCCUAGUUCCGAAUCUCCCUGUAGGUCUCUUCUCUGACCAUUCCAGUGUCCUGUGCUAAAAUGCUGGUUUGACCCAUCUCUCCCUGGAGAGCCCACAGGGGAGCA